GUCCACAUAGAACAGAAGAUCUCAUUCCCCAUUUAUCCAUCAGUUUUUUCGAAGCAUUUCCUACAGAGAGUUAGCGUUGUUGAAUUGCUUUGCUUUCUUUCUAGUCCGACUCCAUGUCAUCCCACCAGCAGAGCUACAAAACAGGCGAGACCAAAGGCCAAGCUCAGGAAAAGAUGGAUCAGACGAUGGGGAAGGGAAGAGAGGCUGGAGAGGCAAUGAAAGACAGUGCAUACACAGCCAAGGACAAGACAUCAGAGACUGCCCAGGUAGCCGGAGACCGGGCACGAAAGGGCAUGGAUCAGAUGAUGGGGAAGGGAAGAGAAGCCGGAGAGGCAAUGAAAGACACUGCAUACAGAGCGAAGGACAAGACAUCAGAGACUGCCCGAGCUGCCGGAGACCGGGCACGAGAGAGCACGGAUCGGAUGAUGGGGAAGGGAAGAGNGAGCACGGAUCGGAUGAUGGGGAAGGGAAGAGAGGCCGGAGAGGCAAUGAAAGACAGUACAUACAGAGCGAAGGACAAGACAUCAGAGACUGCCCAAGCUGCCGGAGGCCGGGCACGGGAGAGCAUGGAUCAAACAGGGAGUUAUCUCAAGGAGAAGUUCGAUGCGGCGAAAGACAAUGUAUCAGGGAGUGGCGGAGUUACCGGAGGCCGUACCCAAGAGAUGAAGGACCAAACAGGCAGCUAUAUCAGUGAGAAGACCGACGCGGCAAAACACAAGGCCUCAAAGGCUGCCCAAUCUGCACGAGACAACGCUGGUUCAGGCAAAGAUAAGACGGGCAGCUUCCUGCAGGAGAAGAGUGAGGAGGCUGGCCAGUCGGCCGAAGCGGGCAAGGAGAAGACGGGCGGUAUCCUGCAGCAGACAGGGGAUCAGAUGAAGAACCUGGCUCAGGGUGCAGCUGAUGCCGUGAAGCACAGCUUGGGCCUGGAUGGAAGUAGCAAUGAAGAUGCCAAAAGGGAUUAACUAAUUAAGUUGGUGAUGGACUCCUGUCAUGUGUGGGUGUGAUGUGGCGCAUCAUUUCAUUAAUAUUCUGUGUCUUUGGUGAGCUCCUGGGGAGUUGUUUGAUGUUUAAUCGCUUGCAGAAAGGGGACUAGAGGAACUGGAUUGUGGCCAGAAGAAUUGUAAGUUCUUUGGUUUAUCAUUCCAUCAAAAUGUAAUCUUAAAUAAGGUUUCCCCUCUACCAGUGCCAAUGUGUGAUCUGUUUUUUUUCUUUUUUUUUUUUUUUGUUAAUGACAAUAAAUUUAAAGAUAGAUCUGUUCUUCACCA